AUGUCGAAUCACGCCGCCGCCGCCACCGCUGGCCUAUUACGGUCCCUGGUGUUCCGCAGACGCGGCCAGCCCCCGUACGUGAUAUACCAGCCAUAUAUCGGGGCAAGCAAUGGUUCCAUCAUGAAGUUCGGUGUCAGAGACCUCUCUGUGCUCCAGAGCGACGAUGCCUGCCGAUGGGCGCUCCGCAGGAUGCUGGCGAGAAUGCCCCAGCUCCAGGUGCUCCGCCACACCGACGUCGACUGGGAUGACGUCGUACCCUCGAACAUGGUGCCGCAGAUCGUCCGCGCGGCGUGCGGUGACAACGCCCCCCACGGCUUCACCUUUCACUUCGUCAUGGCGGUGGACCGACAGUUCAUACAUGACGAGCAGGCUCUCCUGAUGGCAUGUAAGGAGAGGGAGCUGGGCGGCAGUGAUAAGCUCGAGAACUGCCCGAUCUGCUUGGAUGUACUAGAGGGAGAGCCCGUCGUGCAGCCGCCGAGGUGCCCGCACGCGUUCCACCGCCGAUGCAUUUUUAGGUGGUUCUGCAAGGCGACAACGUGCCCGAUUUGCCGCAGCGAUGUGAGGAUCUGUGCCCUGCCUGAGUUUCUUUCUCUGUAG